AUGAUGGAUACAGCUGUUAAACAACAAACAGAUUCUACUGAACCAAAAGUAACAACAGCUGAACGACAAGCGUUACUAAAUAGAUUAACUUUAAAAUGGCCAUCAGAAUUAUCAAAACAAAUUGAAAAUCAAGCUUUCGAAAGAUCACAUGGAAAAAAACCUGAUUAUUUUAAAAUAAUUCAAGCUUGCUUUCAAAAAGUUCAAAUUGCAAUGCAAAACCGUGUAAAUCCGCAGCAGCAGCAACAACAACAACAACAACAACAACAACAGUCGCAACAAAAUAACAAUAUGCACGUACAAAAUUCUCAGACAAAUCUUUCUCAACAAAUAUCCGCUCCUAUUGUUAUUCAAAAUCAAUAUUCAUUUAAUCAAAUGCCUAAUCAACAAGCUCGAUUUCCUAUUGCUCAACAAACACCACGGAUGAAUAAUCCUCAAGCAGCUGCUAUGAAUCAAAUGGCACGUUUACGUGAACCACAAAAAUUUAAUCAAACGCCUAUAAAUACUUUAACUUAUUCACAAUCUUCAGUACCAUCGACAACAACAAUUGAUUUAACACAAAAUUUACCAUCGCAACAAUUGAAUGUUGCUAACCAAAAUGAUUAUUCAACACUUCAACAACGUUAUCCUAAUCAAUCAACAAUGAGUGUACCAAGACAACGAACAAUUGUUCCAAAUAAUAAUUUUCAACAACAACCAUUGACAAAUAAUGGAAAUGAUGGUUUUCAUCAAAUUGUUGUUGGAAGUCCAUUAUCAGUACCUUCGACAGCAGCAACGGCAGGUAAUACAAAUAUCUCCUCAAAUGGUGAUCAAUUAUUACAACGAAUACUCUUAUCAAAUAUUGAUGGCGGGACGAAUAAAUCUUCAACACUAAGUCGACAUCCAACUGCACCGGUUAUGUCUCAAUCAACUCGACCAGUUAAUACGAUGAACAGUAAUAUGAAUAACAGUACAAAUCCUCUUCGAUCAACAUUAUCAUCUAACCAAUUAUCACCUUCACCACCAGUUGUUAUAAUACCAACACCAGGUCAAACAUCCAUUGUUCAAAUUCAACCAUCAAGUAAUCUAACUGCUCAACAAAGUCCUUUAAGUAACAGUAAUGGCCCAUUUUCAGUCAAUUCACAAGCAUUAUCAACAAAUAGUUCAACACCAGUAACUAUUCUUCAUACAUCACCAACAAAUCGUGUACUGCCAUUACCAGUAACUGGCAAUGUUUUAAGUCCUGACGAAGAAACAUUAAAUUUAAUAAAAUAUCUUAAAGAAAAUGUUAAUCGAUUACAAUUAUUAUCUCAAAAAUUUAACAAUGAAGGUAAUACUGAAAAAGUUCGUCAAGUUCAAUCUAUUCAUCAACAAAUAUUACAAUUUAUUAAUAAUCCAACAUAUGAAAGUUUAGGAAAUGCUAAAAAUUUUCGUGAAAUGCUUGAUAAAAUACCUAAUCGAUUACAACAAGUUAAUUCAACAAAUAUAUUUAAUCAAUGUGUAAAAGCAACUAAUGAAUUUCUUUUACGUGAUCAAAAAGAACGAAUAAAUGUAACAAAACGAUAUCUUGAACCAUUAAGUGAUGUUAUAAAUGGUGUUCCUCAUAAAAUGAUACGUCUUGAUGUUGAUAGUUGUACAACAACAAAAAUUCGUUCAAUUCAUCAAUCAUCAUUAUUAUCAUGUGUAAAUGAUGAAAUAAAUCAAUUACCAAAUGAUAUUUAUUCUAUUGAAUGUAUACCAGUAAUGCGUACAAGAAAAUCUACGAAUCAUAAUGAUGAGGAAUAUUUCAGUAAAAAUGGUAUUAUUCUUCGUUGUAAAUUACUUGAAAAAUCUAAUCCUAUUAUACCACCCCUUCGUUUAUAUUUAACAACAUCUUAUCCUGAACAAUCACCAGACAUUUUAUCAUUAACUAAAGCAAUGCCACCAAAAUUAGAAUUUACAGGUGGACAUCCGUAUUUUGAUCAAAUCUCGUCAGUAUUUGUUUCUCAUCUCUUUAAAUUACGUCCACAACAUACAAUAACUGAUAUUCUUAAUAUAUGGGUAACGUCUGUCCGUCCAGACAAUUUUGUGAAAACAACUUGA